AUGAAUAGCCUUACCUUCUCCCAAAGCUUGUGUUUCAAUAAGUUAGAAGACAUGAGAUCUUUCCCUGCCUUCAUCCUCCUCCUCUCUCUCUUCUUGUUUGCCAACCUCAGCAAUGCAAGAAAAGAGCCUGGAGAGUACUGGAACAGCAUAAUGAAUGGUGAACCCAUGCCUAAAGCAAUCAAAGACCUUCUUCUCCAUCAAGAUCCAGCUUCUCAAUCCACAACCUCUGAGACUAUGAACCUGAAACCUUUCAUCAGGGAUUUCGAUAGCAGGCCAAGUGUAAUAAUCUAUCACACCCAUAUCAGGACACCAAGGAGGGUUGUGAAACCAAGCCAGAUGACCAUCAAUCCUCUGUUAGACUAAAUGUUCCUCUUAUAUAUAUAUG